AUGUUACUGCUUCGAACAGCAGCGCGCAUUUUCACACGAACUGAGAAGGAAUGUAUGCGUUUUCGUAUUUCUUCUUUUAUUUUCUUCUUACUUUUUCUUCUUUUUAUAUUCGAUUUUUUUCUUUUCUUCUUUAUUAUAUUUUUCUCUUCUUUUAUUUUUUUCUUUCUUCUUUCCAUACUUGUACCUACUUUAUAUUUUCGUAUCAUUUCCCGAUUUUUUUGGUUCAUUUUAUUUUUUUUCUUUAUCGCUUUUUCUUUCUUUUUUUCUUUCUUUCUUUUUUCCUUCUUUCUUUGUCUCUUGUCUCUUAUUUAUUUAUUUCUUUUAUCGUUGCUGGUACGUUAUUUUUCUUAUAUAUUUUCCUUCUUUUUCUUUUCUUCAUUUCUUUCUUUCUCGAUGUUCUUUUUUUCUUCUUUCUUUGUAUAUUUUUCUUUCAUUCGUUCAGUUAAAUUUUUUUUAGUUUUUCUUCUUUGUAUCAUUGAGAAUGCAUUGUUUUCGCUAUUUUUCUUUUUUUUCCUUUUAUAUUUUAUUGUUUCUGUUUCUUCUUCCAUUCCAUUCUUUCUUUCUUUCUUUCUUUCUUUCUUUUUAUCUUGUUCGUACGCUAUUUUCAUUCUUUUUCACUUCUUUCUUCUUUCAUUAGUAUUUCUUUCUGCUUUUGUUAUUGUUGAUGGCGAUUCUUAUUCUUUCUUUCUUUCUUUCCUUCUUCCCUUAUCCUCUUUUUUCUCUUUCUGUUCCUAUUCUUUUCUCUUUUUUUUUUACUUUACAUUCAUUAGUCCCCAAGGCCGGAGGUCGCCGAGGUACCAACCCGACAUUUACCAUUCAGGGUAUCUCAGAGACAAAGAGCCGGUUCGUUUAUGGCGAAUAUCGUGA